AGAGCGCCCGCACCGCCCUCCCAAUCACUCACCAUACUUGACUCUGAUCCGUGGGGUCAGGCUCCAAAUGUACCGAAAUGCGAACCAGAUCGUGUCAGGCUGUGGACUCAGAUCAGAAAUAUCUUCCAGGUGUAGCUCCCACUUCGGCCUUUUGCCCUUCCUAACAAGAGACUAGGUCUUCUUCCAGAUUUCACAUCAGCAGUUGCAUGGACAUCAUGGACUCGUCACCCAACGAAGCUGUCGAUCUCGAAAUCGGCUCAAAGGCAUUGGAUUUCGAUGAGCCGGACAUCAAGACGCUGCGGCGGAGCAAAACCAUCCGUCUAGGUCCCUCGGCUACAUCCCCGUGGACUGGCGGCCAGAGUGAGGACGGCACUCACCAUGUAAGCUUUCGCCUUGCGGACCUGGAGAUCGACAAAGAGCAGCUCUUCUCUGGUCUGGACUGCCACAGGCGCUUCAAGGUCAAGGAAGGAUACGAGAUGAAGGAUCUGCCCAAGUUCAACGAUCUGACAAGAUACGACGUCACGGAGGACCAAGAGAUGGACCUCUGGAAGCUCGAGGUCGAUCGCCUGGUGACGGCCGUGAAGUCUGAGACGCCGCCAUCACUCGAGGGCGAUCCAGAAUGGUACGGCGGUGCCGAUAGCGAUGGCUACAACCGCCUCCACGUCAUGGCAGCCUCCCUGAAGCACGCCCUCAGCGUCUGCAUCCAUGACAAUGAGCUCGUCCUGCUCGAGCACCAACCGCCGCUGGCCAACAAAGAAAUGUUUGUGCAAUCCCACAGGAGCCUGCUCCGGAACUUCGACCCAGACGAGGGCAUCAUCCGGUUCGACAAGAAGAUCAAGCUGGCGCAGCACAGCGACGAGGUAUACCACGGUCUCGUGAAUUACCUGACGGCCAUCCUCGCGCGACUCCUCGUGCGGACCAUUACGGGCAGGUUCUGGGUCGACAAUUGCCUGAUCACCAUUGCCAAGUUCGCGGCUAAGCUCAAGGUUCUCGGGAACGACCUCCCGCGGGCCGUUGCCCUGACCAUCGAGGCGCACAGAGACGUGCAGAUGCGGGUGGGCGAACUCACGCGCUCCCAGCCUGGCGGAAUAGGAGUGCCCGAGGCGACGGGCAAGGAAAACCCGAGCAUCGAAGAAGGAUCGUCGGCGUGGUCGGCGCUCGAUAUCGGGCAACUCGACAUGUCGGGGGCGCGGUACUUUAUUGUCCUUGACGCCUUUGACCGCGGCAUCGUGAGCCUGCUAUUAAACUGCCUUGGCGAGCUCAGGUGGGACGAGGAGGUUGAGCAGACGGCCGAAAUGUUCGAGACCAGCACCGUCAUCUACGGCACGGGAUUCCGCGGUAUGAGGAUGCAGCUCUGUCAAGAGCGAGACGGCUCUAUAGGGGUUGCUGCAGACAGGAACGUGAUGCACUGCGCCGGAGUGGCCUUUGACGUCUGCAGAGAAGUCUGGACCUCGCAGCCGUCAGCGGAAGGACUAUCUACAGACGGUCGUACUACUCUCGACUGGAACUGGACGGGACUGGUCGGCUCAGAGGAGAUCCUAGGAGUGUCGUCGCCCGGCUCGAGGAGCUGGACGGACAUGAGAGACGUCAUCACGGCCUUGGUUCCGUACACCAUGUUCUGCGGCAUAUUCCCGACCAACUUGUCCCAGUUUGCGAGGCAGGUCAUCCAGAUAUCCGACUUCACCAACUCUCCAAACUUCUACACCCAGCAGAGCUGCCUCGCCGCCGCCCGAGUCCGCACGUCCCAGUACGAAGGCAGUCUCCGCAAGAGAGCUCCCUCGAACAUGGCCCAGUUCCAGAACGUCUACGACACGCCGAUGGCGCGCGAGGGGGCCCUUUCGGGAAUGCAAGGCGACCCCGAGAGCCCAGCCUCGCGGGAACUGCGGCAGAAGUACCUGGCGACGGGGGAGAAGUUCCGCAACGCCAUGGAUGAGGUGGAAAGGUGGGUUAUGGACGAGCGGUCCAUCGUCAUCACCAGCCUCUGGUACUCGUGGAUCGUCCUCGCCGCUGUCGGCGUGCUCCUCUGCGGCGGCGUCGCCAUGAUAGCGGUAGAGGACCGCAUCUCCGGCGUGGACCCGUCGAACCUCACGGUGCUGGUCUGGACGGCCGCGGGUUUCCUCGUCGUCUACUUCAAGUCGAUGCGCGUCGAGAACUGGCCGUGGCGUGACUUCCUGCGCGGCCGCGUCGUCUGCCGCUCCGUCUCGGAGGUGCAGGCCGUCACCAAGAUCGACCCGCAGGUGCUUCUGGCGAUCCUCAUGCGCUUCGAGUCGCGCGUGCUGCUCGGAAAGUGCGGCCCGUUUCGCGGCAUCUUCGACCGCAAAGUUGAAGACGGCUUCGCCAUCGACGUGCCUCCGACCACCAUGACGGCCGCCGCGGGAGGCUGUAUAUUCGUGCGCGUCCUCAGCGUGCUUGGCCCGGCGCUGUCUUGUCUUGAAGCUAGGAAUCGCGAGUUGUAUCGAAGUGUGAGUCCCCAGGGGGCGACUGAGUCUGGAACGGGGUAUAUCUGCCGCGACUUCAUCGACCCGGCACAUUACCAGAUCGCCCUCGUGGCUGAUGAUGGGGAGGAGCGAGACGCAGCCAGGCGAACUGUCAUGGAGUCCCUACCGUUGUAUCCUCUGUGUACCAACGCGUUGAGCUGGUACCGAGUUCAGGGCGUCUUUGUUGAAAAGGCGAUGUUCUUGUAAGCGCCUGCGAGCCGCUACUUAAGUGUGUACACCAGGGGUGCGCUCAUACUGUAAGCUUCACCUUCACCUGGUCAGCCUUAAAUUGCUCAAGGAAACAGGCAGAAUCGUCCAAAACAAUUCCCAACUGGUCGAUAAAUUUUCCUUCUUUGCGCACCAUCACCUUUAUGAUUGUCAUCCAUUAGCGCCUGUGCCUCCACUACGUGUCGUGAAUUGUUAGGCGCUGAUUGAAGCGCUGCGCCUUUAUAGAGGCUUUACUGAGAACGGUCUGGACCGGGCAAUGCUGUUGUUUGUCUCUGCCAGCAAGGAUCACAAGCCUAAUAUUC